AUGUUACUACUUACGUUGACCGCGUUUUGCGCGGUAAUAUUUCUGAGCAACGCACUUCCCACGCCUUCAAACAAAGAUUAUUAUUUAUUAGAUAAUGGUCCGAUUGCUGAACUACCCGAAAAUUGGGACCAAACAAAAGACGACACGCAAUCAUUAUUUUUGAACAAAAGCGACAAAAAUGAUUUAGAGCCAUAUCCGUUAGCCUUGAGCGAGGAAGGAAAUUCAGAAGGAUUCGAACAAGCUCUUGAUCAAAGAUAUGACUCUGCACCAUCGAACGGCGAACUUGAUAAUCUUAUUAUGAGACCAGAGUUAUACGGCGAGCCGCCUGCUAUCGAGGGGCUGUCUACCGGAUAUGACUCCCGACGCAAAAAGCGUGGUAGCGGAAAGGUUGGAGGCGCCGGCGCAGCUACAAAAGUAGCGACUAAGUCAGGAUCUGGCAAGAAAAACCUGAAACAACAGGAAGGUUUGUCCCCCGUCGAUACAGUUGCUGAAGAUUACGAGUCUCACCGUCUGAAACGGGGAAGCGGCAAGGUCAGCGGAGCUGCAGCAACAGCCAAAACAGCUACAAAGAACUCUGGAGGGAACAAGAAGAAUUUCAGGCCUAUUUCUGAACGGCGCAAGCGAGAUUCUGGACUCAGUGCUGCUGACGUCAGAGCUCUUCUUAAUAUGUGGGAAGCUCAAGAGCGCAGGAAACAAGAGUGGAACGCAAACCGCUGGGCUGCCGAUCGCUACUAUGGACACGUUAACAAUCUGGACGAGGAACAGCCUGAAGUGGAUGAAAAUGGUGACGUAUGGUACAACGAGCCGGUAGUAGUUGGCGGACGGGAGAGAGAUUAUCCGCGUCACUCAUAUUUUUCAGAACAGAACAGAAUGGCAUUAGCGCAAGGCCUUCCCGAGUUGUAUCAGGUGGAUCCUAACGAAGUCGCCCGCAGGUACGAGGAAGCUCGUCGCAAAAGAAUGUACGCUAACAGAAUGAAACGGUUCAUGGUAGCACGCAAGCGCUCAGAUGGCAUGGCACAUCAGAAUAACUAUCGGCCUCGCGACGAUCUUUACACUUUAGCGGAGCUCCUUCGUUCUUCGCCCCGCGUGCAAGAACAAGAUCUCCCAGUGUACCGGCGGCUUAUACUCUAA